AUGUUGAAAGCUAAUUUGAAAAAGGUAAUUUCAAAUAAUAAAUUUAAUACUCAAUUAACUAAGAUGACAUCUAACUAUUCAACUGGUUCCAAUAUUAUUGGAUAUGCGGAGGAUGAUGUUUUAUUUUCGAACAAAAACAUGGCCAGACUUGUGACGUUGAACAGACCUAAAAAAUUGAAUUCAUUGAACACUUCGAUGGUAAGCAAGAUUAUGCCUAGAUUAUUGGAAUAUUCGAAGUCGAGUGUGAACAAUGUGAUUAUUUUGAACUCGACGUUGGCGAAAGGCUUGUGUGCUGGGGGAGAUGUGACAGAAUGUGCCAAACAGAUCAAGGCGGGCAAUGCAGCGUAUGCGUCUGAUUUCUUCCAACGGGAAUACAAUUUGAAUUACUUGAUAUCGACGUAUCCUAAGCCGUAUGUGGCGUUGAUGGACGGAAUUACGAUGGGGGGAGGAGUAGGAUUGUCAGUUCACGCACCUUUCCGAGUUUCCACCGAGAGGACUAAGUUGGCGAUGCCAGAGACCGAUAUUGGGUUGUUCCCGGAUGUGGGGACUACUUUUUUCUUGCCAAGAUUGGAUGAUAAAAUUGGUUACUAUCUUGCGUUGACCGGACAGGUGUUGAGUGGUUUAGACUGCUAUAUGUUGGGUUUUGCUACUCAUUACGUUCCAUCUGACAGAAUUGAUUCAUUAGUCAACAGAUUGUCCAACUUGCAACCUCCAAGCGUGAAUGACAACAAGCCUGAAGACAACCACGCAUCCAUAUUGAAUAACAACAAGGAAUAUUACGCGCAAGUGAACCAGGCUAUUGAAGAAUUUACCGAAAACAAGUUGCCAGAAGACUAUAAAUACCCAUUUACCACUGAACAAUUAAAAUUAAUCAAGAAUGCAUUUUCUCAACCUUCAAUUGAAGAGGUAUUGAGUUACUUGGAAAAAGAUGGUUCCGAAUUUGCUCAAAAGACUUAUAAGACUUUAUUAUUGAAAUCGCCAACCUCCUUAAAAGUCGCCUUUGAGUUAUUGAACCGUGGUGCCGAAAACUCUAUUCGCCAACAAUUUGAAUUGGAAAUGAUUACUGCUACCAAUUUGGUCAAUAUUAAGCCUGAAGAAAAUGAUUUUGUCAAGGGUGUUUCUCACAAGUUGAUCGACAAGAUUAAGGAACCAGCAUACCCGGAAUGGAAUCUGAAUAAACAACCAAGUGGUAUUUCUUCUGAAUUUGUUCAGAAGGCGCUCAGCAAAUCAAUUCAUUCUACUAAAUUGAACGAACCAUUAAUUGAAAAGUUAUUCGGUAUUAACUAUAAAUCUUAUCCUUAUAACAUGGGUUUGCCAAAUGGUAACCAAGUUAAAAGUUACAUAACUGGUAAUGAUGGAUCUGGUAGAUCGUACUUACCAACUCCAACUGAAGUAACAAAGUACUUCAAGCAAUCCACAAGUAAUAAGUUAGGAGUCGAAUUGAAAGUUCAAUCCAUUUUAGAUCAUCAUGGUGAAGCGUCAAAAUAUGAUAACAAAUACGUCUCUUGGAUAGAAUAA